UUUCAGGAAGGUGAAUUAUGUCAAGCACAGAGCUUAAUUUCUAUCCGCUCCUUGUCGCUGUAUGCUUCUAUCUAUCAGUCUUUGUGAUUGCUGAGUUGACUCGUAAGCUUGUCGAUAAAUAUGGGACGGCUGGAUCAUUGUUGUCUUAUUUUCUAAUGGAAAUGAUAGCAACAGCACAAAUGUGUACUUGCGUUUAUGAGAACGCGGUGAUCAUUCGACAUUAUGGCCUGUUGGGUUUCUUUUUCACCGUUGCUAUACUAAUUUUUUCUGGCGGCAUUAUGAAUCGAGAAGCAUAUGUAUCUCCACUGACACCAAUUGAGCUGUACUAUAAAGGAGCACUUCCAUUGAAAAGAUUGUUAAUAACAGUAACUGGCGAAACGGUUGGUGGUUAUUCGGCUUAUCGAGUAGCCCGUAACCUGUGGUACUGGUCGUUAAAUUUGUCGUCUGAUCAUGCUUUUUUUUACGAGCUCAAAAGUUGUGAACUUAUUUAUAAGGUGCCAUUCAUGUUUGUACCGUCUUUCGAAAUGGUUGGCUGUUUUCUGAUGCGUUACAUUCUUUGCCGCAUUCCGAAAAAUGCCAAGAAAUAUAUAGCUCCAACCGUUGUCUCAGCAUUCUUGACACUUGCACUUCUGGUUGUGGGUGUUCCUGGACUUAAUCCAACAGUUGCUUCAUCGCGCUUACAUGGCUGUGAUGGGCUAAAUACUGUUUGGUUUAUUCUGACAUAUUGGAUAUGUCCUGUAAUUGGUUGGAUGCUGUCGGCUUUCAUCGAUGAUCGCAAGAUCACUGUUACUGGAAAAAAAAUAAUGUAACAAAACUGUGCAGGAAAGAAUUAUCAAGCUGUCUUUCAAAACUCCAUCUUGUCACCAAAUUAUGUUCACUUUCUCACAUUACAGUUCUGUAAAAAUAGAACAAUGUACUGUAAAAUAUCAGAUGCC